UUUUUUUUUUUUUUUUUUUUUUUUUUUUUUUUGCAUUCCCAACAAAACACAUACACACAGGCGGCACACUUCGCACACAGCCAGACCCCCGCACGCCGGGGGAGGGAGGGAGCGAGGCAGCGGCAGGCAGCGCCAGCCUGCGGGAGGGGCGCCAGGCACCGCACCCGCGGAGGGGCCCCCCCGGCCGCCCCCCCACCUCCCGGCCCGCUCGGCCCGGCGGCGGCAGCGGCGGCUCCGCCCGCAGAGACUUUGCAUGUGCGCGCCCGUGUGCGCGGCUCCGCUCGCCCUUUUUCUCUCGGUGUCAGCUCGUCGGGACGCCCUGCACGGUGUCUCCUCCCGAUAAUUUUAAGCAAAAGUCAAGGACCUUUUGUCCUUAUUUGCCAUAGAAGCGAAAGGCACGUCUGGAAGGAGAACCAGCUUCAGUAAAGACGAAAAGACCGUUCCUUCCUACAACCCAGCAAGGUGACUAAGUGACUCCAAAGAAAUAUCUCCAAAACUAGGAAAUGGUCACGAAUGUCUAGAUGGUGAUACUGGAAUUGAUUUUGGACAUCACUCCAGUUCAAGGUUGAAGUUUAAGGUCUUCUUGAGGUUCAGAAGAAGGAGGUAUUAAGUCAUGAUGCAGGAAUCUGCGACAGAGACAAUAAGCAACAGUUCAAUGAAUCAAAAUGGAAUGAGCACUCUAAGCAGCCAAUUAGAUGCUGGCAGCAGAGAUGGAAGAUCAAGUGGUGACACGAGCACUGAAGUAAGCACAGUAGAACUGCUGCAUCUGCAACAACAGCAGGCACUCCAGGCAGCAAGACAGCUGCUUUUACAGCAACAGACAAGUGGACUGAAGUCUCCUAAGGGCAGUGAUAAACAGAGACCACUGCAGGUGCCUGUGUCAGUGGCCAUGAUGACUCCCCAGGUGAUCACCCCUCAGCAAAUGCAGCAGAUUCUCCAGCAGCAAGUGUUGUCUCCCCAGCAGCUUCAAGCACUUCUCCAGCAGCAGCAAGCAGUUAUGUUGCAGCAGCAACAACUACAAGAGUUUUACAAGAAACAGCAAGAGCAGUUACAUCUUCAGCUUUUGCAGCAGCAGCAACAGCAGCAGCAACAGCAACAACAACAGCAGCAACAGCAGCAACAACAGCAGCAGCAGCAACAGCAACAGCAGCAGCAGCAGCAGCAGCAACAGCAGCAGCAGCAGCACCCAGGAAAGCAAGCAAAAGAGCAGCAGCAGCAGCAGCAGCAGUUGGCAGCCCAGCAGCUUGUCUUCCAGCAGCAGCUCCUCCAGAUGCAACAACUUCAGCAGCAGCAACAUCUGCUGAACCUUCAGCGUCAGGGACUCAUUUCCAUCCCACCUGGCCAGUCUGCUCUUCCUGUCCAGUCUCUGCCACAAGCUGGCUUAAGUCCUGCUGAGAUUCAGCAGUUAUGGAAAGAAGUGACUGGCGUUCACAGUAUGGAAGACAAUGGCAUUAAACAUGGAGGGCUAGACCUCACUACUAACAAUUCCUCCUCUACUACCUCCUCCACCACUUCCAAAGCAUCACCACCAAUAACUCAUCAUUCCAUAGUGAAUGGACAGUCUUCAGUUCUAAAUGCAAGGCGAGACAGCUCGUCACAUGAGGAGACUGGGGCCUCCCAUACUCUCUAUGGUCAUGGAGUUUGCAAAUGGCCUGGCUGUGAAAGCGUUUGUGAAGAUUUUGGACAAUUUUUAAAGCACCUUAACAAUGAACAUGCAUUGGAUGACAGAAGCACUGCUCAGUGUCGGGUGCAAAUGCAAGUGGUUCAGCAGUUAGAAAUACAGCUUUCUAAAGAACGUGAACGUCUUCAAGCAAUGAUGACCCACUUGCACAUGCGACCCUCGGAGCCCAAGCCAUCUCCAAAACCUCUAAAUUUGGUGUCUAGUGUCACUAUGUCUAAGAACAUGUUGGAAACAUCCCCACAGAGCUUACCUCAAACUCCCACAACACCAACGGCCCCCGUCACCCCAAUUACCCAGGGACCCUCUGUAAUCACCCCAGCCAGUGUACCUAAUGUGGGAGCCAUUCGAAGACGGCAUUCAGACAAAUACAACAUUCCCAUGUCAUCAGAAAUUGCCCCAAACUAUGAAUUUUAUAAAAAUGCAGAUGUCAGACCUCCAUUUACUUAUGCAACUCUCAUAAGGCAGGCUAUCAUGGAAUCAAGUGACAGGCAGUUAACACUUAAUGAAAUUUACAGCUGGUUUACACGGACAUUUGCUUACUUCAGGCGUAAUGCAGCAACUUGGAAGAAUGCAGUGCGUCAUAAUCUUAGCCUGCACAAGUGUUUUGUUCGAGUAGAAAAUGUUAAAGGAGCAGUAUGGACAGUGGAUGAAGUAGAGUACCAGAAGCGAAGGUCACAAAAGAUAACAGGAAGCCCAACGUUAGUGAAAAACAUACCCACCAGCUUAGGCUAUGGAGCAGCUCUUAAUGCAAGCUUGCAGGCUGCACUGGCAGAGAGUAGUUUACCAUUGCUUAGUAACCCAGGAUUGAUAAAUAACGCAUCCAGUGGCUUACUGCAGGCAGUCCAUGAAGAUCUCAAUGGUUCGCUGGAUCACAUUGACAGUAAUGGAAAUAGCAGUCCGGGCUGCUCUCCUCAGCCUCACAUACAUUCUAUCCAUGUCAAGGAAGAACCAGUGAUUGCAGAGGAUGAAGACUGUCCAAUGUCCUUGGUGACAACAGCAAAUCACAGUCCAGAAUUGGAAGAUGAUAGAGAGAUUGAGGAAGAGCCUUUAUCUGAAGAUCUGGAAUGAAAAGAGACUUAAGAAACCUCAAAAUGAAGGGACAUAUCACUGACCUUCAGAACCACUCCAUAACCAUGAAUAUUUGACAAAUUUUUACUGUGACUAUUUAUUAAGCAUGGAUAAAGAAGAACAUCCCUAAAGGAACUUGUUAAGCCAGCCCUUUGGGACCCAGUAACAACAGGCAAAUUGCUUGUUUUUCUUCUUCUUUUUUUUUUUUUUCCUUUUUUUUUUUUUUAAAGAUAAACUGAUUUUCUUGGAAAACAAACAAACAAAACAAAACUGUUCUUUAUAUAAUGGCUUGCCCAUUUAAAAAAAUGUGGCUCUUAAGGGUUCAUGAAAUGACUGAAUAUGAGGAUACAUGUUCUAUAGAAAGCAAAUGGGCCUCAUAUACUGCCAAAAAUAGUGUUAGUUUCAUUAAUGUGAAUUUCCAGCAUACAGUAGUUGUAAUGUUAGAAACAAUUGCUGGUCAAGUUCAACUUGUUGCUAUUGUUUUUAAUUUGCACAGGAGUAGUAUCAGAAAUUAGUGUCACUGCUUGUAUCUAGCUGAAUUUUGAACAACAGAACAUUAGUUUUUUAUGUUGGUGCCACCAACUGUAAAUGACAUAAGUUAGUUAUUACAAACCACAGUAAUUAGACUGUUGCAACCAUCUAAAAACCUUUAGGCUUCCAGUCUGUGCUGUUAGUGUUAAGAUGUAAAGUGCAAUCCUAAGCUAACAUUGUCUGUGCAAGCACCAUAGAAACAUUUGCAUAUCUGCAUAUAUCUUACAACUGUACUCUUUACCUCCUUGUGAUAAAGCUUUGUCUACCUGCAAACACAGUCAAAGGCUACAGCUGCAAACCAAAGCCAACUCUAACGAUGGCCAAUAGCUCAACGACAGAAGCAGCCACAUGCUUUGGUCAGCCUUCUGUAACUUUAAUUAGUACAAAGGAACCUUUCCAUGAACUACCUGCUGUUUUCUGAUGACCUCUGGGAUCUUUUCUUUUAGCCCUAUACAAAGAAACAAAUAUGAAAAAAGUCAAUUCAGUCACAGUGUAAUCUUCUGAGGCCAAAAGUCAAUCUAAAUGCAGUGAAGAUUUGCUUUCAUUUAAGACAGAGGUGAGAACAAAGUCUGCAGUGGAAGUUAUGAUAGAAAGCAACAAAUGUGGAUCACUGACCAAAAUAAUUAUGUACUUGAUGCAAAUGCAGAUUGCAUAUUGUUAUUGUUAUUUUUUUUUCCCCAUUCAGUCUGUUUUUUUCUGUGGUGAAUACAUGUUGUUAGAAGAUGUCUUGUAUGGUCUUAAUCUUUGUUGUGUACUAUUUUUUAUAGUCUUAAGUUAUAAUGAAAAAAAAAAAGUAGGAACCAAACAUAAAAGGUCUAGUAAAGCCAAAAAUUAAUUUCAUAUUGAUUUAAAGUGAUCUAGGUGAGUUUUUACACUGAAAGCAAAGAUUAUAGCAAUUGUAGUCCAUGGUAUUUAUUUUCAGUCAAACCAAAGUUACAUAUAAUUCUGCCUCUGCUUAUACGGGAUAUUAACACUAACAAUACACUCCCUUUGGAAGACUUGCACAGGCCAAAUUGUUGGAAUGCUGGUUUUCUUGACAACUCCAAACCCAAAAAUAUGAUAAUGCGUUAUGGUGUAGUUGAAAAUAGCAUAGUCAGAUGUUUGCUUAAAACCUAGAAACUUUACGUGUUGCUUUUCAUGUGCUGUGCCAAGUCUUGAUAAUACUUUUUCCCCCAACCAAGGGACCUCAUAACCUGAUUAUGGUUAUUGCUUUACAAACAGUUUUUGACAGAAGGUGGCUGCUAGAGCUUAACAUAUGCACCAGUUCCAUGUGAUGGUCCUGGUUCUUGCAAAGUAAGCUCGUCAUUUAUUCUUUGCUGAAGUCAGCAAAUAGACUUAAAGAUACACACAGUCAUCUAUCAUGCCAAAUAAAUGGACAUAACGGCUUUCGAAAGGGUUUUCCCACUUACCCAAAAGGCUUUCUGAAAGCUUCUACCUCUGCAAAAGAAAAAAAAAAAACAAACAAAAAAAAAAAACAAAAAACAAAAGAAAUUAGAACAAUUAUGGCAGAUUGCAUGAAUUGUGAGAACGUCACAGUAACUGCUACUUUUCAUUAUGUUUGUCUUUGGGUCAUGAUCAACAGAAGGUGUAUGGUAAUUACAUCGAAAGAAGGAUUCACCUUGUAAGCGCUUGUUUUCAGUCAAUCGGUCGUCUGAGAUUCUGAUGUGGGGAAUACCUGAAAGGGAAUGAUGGGUGUUUCAAGUGCAUGUUCAAAAGACUUUGAUGGACUGGAAGUAAAAGUGGUAAUUGUACCAUCGGGAAGGUGGCCUAAGACUACGAUGCUAAAGUAUGCAUACCUCAGUUACAAAACUUUUGAAAGGAAGUCUCAGCCACAGAAUGCAUAUACCUGUAGAGUUUUGCAUGGGUUUUAUAUAAAUACAAUUUAAAAAAAAAAAAAUAGCUGCUUGCACAUUAUACCAGAAAAACCUCCAAAACUGCAAUUGCUUUGAAAAUAGAUUUUAGGUUUUUUGGAGUUUUCUGAGAUGCUUGGUCUGUAUUUUGAUAAUUGUGCAUAUUAUGUAAAAAUGUUGGUGGACCCAUAAAUGACCAGACUUUUUCUAAGAAAAAUGUUGCUUUAAUGCAUUUCAUGAAUUUUUACUCUUAUAUCAUUGCUUGCUAGUAAUAGCAAAUCUGCUUUUCUGCAUCUGCUUUGCGUAGCUAUUGUAAGGCUUUGAACUAAUGUAUGUAUUUAUUGCUUGAACUUCUGUGCAUACCUUAUAAA